AUGGAACUGUCGCUUGAGGUUGUUGGCAUCCUCCUUCUUUUUAUAAUCAUGAAUCUUCUUUUCAGUUGAUUACGGUAGUGUCAAUCGCCAGCUUUUGCGUCGUGUCUUCUGUACUGUGCGUGACCGUCUGGUUGUGCCGAUGGCGUCGGGAUCAGGUCCGUCACAUCGACGAGAAGGAUGAACCGCGGUUGGAGAUGCGCUACUUGGAAAGGUAAAGAAGGUCGCAGGAUGAAAAAAAUCUUUUAGUUGCGAAAUUAAAUGUCCUUCUCUUUAGGAAAAUCUCGCUUUUUGAAAGAUAAAACUGAAGAGUUGGAAGAGACCUGUACGGACUUUACAGUUAGAAAUUUGAAAUUUUCAGCAAGAACACAACAAAACCUCCUUCUACGACCUUCGAAAAAUCCACAAGAAGAAAAUCUGAACAAAAAGAAACCUCGUCAAGUCAAAAAAUUGGGGAUGCCUUUCCUGAUGAAACUAUUGCACAGGUAUUUGUAACCUACCAGAUUCGUCUAUAAUGUGUCUUAUUCAGUUCGAGCAACGAGUAAAAGAUAAACGAGGAUCAGUGAACGAUCGGCGCGAUUCAACGGGUAAAAAUGUCCGUUUCUUUUAUUUUUCAGAGUUUCCAUCCAUUUGUUACUUUCCAGAAGCGUAUCGAUACUAUUUCCGACAUAACGGUGUCUAACGAUUCUCUUCAAAGAAAUGAUUCGAAGGUUAGUUUUUUCGAAAUGGCACUUACUAUCUCCGAAAAUAUGUUUACGGUCAACUGACUUCAAAAGAAGAGUGAAGCAGUCCAAAACUUUCCCCCUACAAACUUCUUCAGUUAUCCUUUUUUCAGGUAAACGUUUUCAAAGGAGAUCGACAAAGUCGGUCAACGUCGGAUGCACCUGACAACGAAAUGCCGGACGAAGAAGACUUGAAUCCAGGGCUCAACAAUUCUAUCAAUCUUGAAGUCAUUUGA